AUGGAGCGCGAGAGGAGCAAGGGGGAGAGGCGCGAGGUGGAGCUCGCUCUCGCUGCGUCCGGCAUGGGCCGGCGCGGCGGGGGCAGCGGGGGGGCAUCCGGGGGUCAAGAAGGCGGUCACGCAGCAGCUGACGGCCAAGAUAGAGACGGAGAGAAUAAAAACGGUGAUGUGUCCAACGACGACCCCUACGGAUUUUGCCGCUACCACCAGUCCAAGCUUCACACCACAACGAGCAGUGCCGUUUCUAGCGGUAACCGCGGCGCUCGCGUUCGAGAGAAGGCGCCGAGGAACGCCGCUCGGGGGGCGGCAGCCGCGGUGGCGGCGGCGUGCGUGGCGUACCACGCCCACGAUGAUGGUGGUUACUACGAAGACUACGGCGAUUACGAUGAUGGAUACUAUUGCGACGACGGCUACUACGACGCCGGGUACGCACACUACGUCAGCGGUGGGGACAGCUACAGCUACUCCUCCGGCACCACCGCUUCCUCCUCGUCCUCUACUCCUUCUCCUGGCGCGCCUCCAUCUUCGGGCUACCUCCACCUCUGCACGGCACAAUCGGUGCCCCUAGGCAAGUCUCACCCUGACGAUUUUUUCAGUANAAGCCUACACACGUAUGACCUGCAAGAGAUCCCCGCCAGUAGGAAGUAUGUCGUUGAGGGUGAUGGUCGACUGUUAGAAGUGCAAGCCAUCGGUAGUAUUAACCUUAGUUUCUUUCAGGAGUAUGAGAAUGGUGAGAAAACGACGAUGUGUGUGAAGCUCACUGACGUGUCUGUUGUAGAGAGCCUGAGCUUCAACUUUUUCUUAACGUAUGCUGUUUCUCUGAAGCAACCAAUCCUCUACGACGAACGUGGUGCAACCCUACAAAAUUGGCUGUUGUUUGCUAGAGAGGAAAAAGCGUCUGCAGCGUAUGCCAUGCGGUUGCCGUACGAGCCAUCUGCGACUAUUGUAGACCCUACUGCUUUGCCCGCAUUCGUGACUGCCCCCGAUUCUGCCCCCGCCCCCCUCGGGCCUGUUCACCUGGACCUGUGUGGACCGCUGGUGCCUUCCCUGGGCGGCAACCUCUACCUGUUCGUCGCCGUGGACAGCGCCUCGCGGUGGAACAAGGUCUACGGUCUCCGGCGGAAGUCCGACGCGCUGGCGGCAACGAAAAGGCUGCUGGCGGACGUGGGGCGGUACGACCUCGGACGAAUCGAAUGUUUCCGCGUCGACAACGGCACAGAGUGGACCCGCGGCGAUUUCCGGCGCUUCUGCGACGACAACGGCAUCGGCGUCGAGUUCACCCCGCCUGGCGUUCCGCAGUACAACGGCGUCGUCGAGAGCGCCAUCUGGCGCAUCAUGAAGGCCGGCAUGGCCGCUCGCCGCAGCGCUGGCCGUGUGUUCAACGUCGACUUCGCCUCCAUCCCCGGCCUCGACGAGCGCGGUGACCGUCUUUGGAUGGAAUCGGCGAAGUGGGCCGCCGACGCUCUCAACCAGUCGGCGACCAAGGACAACCCCGGGUGGCGCUCGCCGCACGAGAUGUUCACCGGCGAGCAGGGGCCUUUCCGCGUGCUGCCGUUCAUCCAGCCCGGCUUCAUGCAUGAGGAUCGCCGCACCAAGCUCGACGACCAGGCCACCCUCUGCUACUACCUGAACGGCGGCGACAACCACCCGAGCAGCACCGUCAAGGUCCUCAAGGCGUCCACCGGCCGCGUCGUCUACACCAACAACGUGUCGUGGGCGACGUCGGCGCCAGCCGGCGAAGGGGGUUCCGCUGGUAUCACCGCUGCGCCGACACCCCCUCCGUUCACGCCGUCGGUCGUCUCGAUCAUUUUCGGCCCAGCACCGCCGCCUUCGACCGCCGCACCACCGCCGCCAGCGCCCACGCCGUCACCCGCUCCCGCUCCCGCUGCCGCUUCGCCCCCUGCCGCUGCCGCAACGCCGCCGCCAGCGACCACGCCGCUGCCCGCUCCCACGCCUUCACAGCUGCCCUCUGCUACUUCGCCGUCACCGUCGGCGACCCCCGAUCCAUACCAGCCGCCGUCGCCGCCGGACCCCGCGAUGCCCCCGCUUACGGCUCACGCCAUGCGGCAGCUUCGCCCGGGUACAAAGGCCGAGGGACUGAUCUCGAUGCUGGAGGCUCGGAGCGCGGUGGAUGAGGAGCGCAGGAAGCCGGGGGGAGCGGGGGCCGGAGAGCAGGGGGGAGCACUCGCAGCGGCGGACCCGUGGGCUGGAGGAGCGGGCUUUCCACUCGCAUUUGCCACGCUCCUCGCCAACCGGGAAUACAUCGACGCCACGCUGCGAGACCAGCGCCCGCCGGAGGAACACCCUGACCUUCCGCUCUGCCAGGCCGGCGACUUUCGUGUUCCAAAGAGCUACAAAGAGGCCAUGACGUCGGAGCACCGGCACCUGUGGAGCGACUCUAUGCAAACGGAGUUUUAUUGCUUGUUGGAAGCGGGGAUUUCUACUCCGGCGAAGUUGACGGUUUCUCAGCAGACUUUCAUGGAUGGGCUAGCAGCAGAGUAUGGAGUAGUGAGAGGUAAGAGCGUUCCGAUGUCUUCGGGGGUGAAGCUUUCUGAGAAUGAUGCGGAUGAGGUGGCGACAGACCUUCCGUUUCGUGAACUAGUCGGAUCUUUGAUGUGGCUGGCGACUCAGACUAGGCCAGACAUUGCGAAUGCAGUAAGGGCAGUAGCUAGGAAUUGCGCAUCUCCGAAGCUGGUACACUGGAAUACAGCGAUGGAUAUUUUAGGGUAUGCGAGGAGGACGAGUCACUUCGGUAUUUCGUUUCAGAGAGGUACGGUAGAGGGUUUCAGUUUGCAGGGGUACGCUGAUGCGGACUUUGCAAGCAAGGCAGCAGACCGUAGGUCGGUAUCAGGGGGGAUCGUCACGUGUGGAGGAGGCGCCGUGUCUUGGUUUUCCAGAACGCAGAAGUGUGUCACGCUUUCGAACACAGAAGCAGAGUACGUCGCGCUUGGUGACGGAGUGAAGGCGAUCUUGUUUUUGAGGCAAGUUUGGCGUUUCAUGUUGCCGCAGGUCGGCAUGCCGUGCGUCCCAGUCUUCGAGGACAACCAGGGGGCGAUUCAACUACCAUUGCGCAGAACUCCAUCUCAAACUCGAACUCGAAGCACAUAGAUGUAAGGCACCAUUUUCU